GUUAGCCCCACUGUAAGAAAUAGCUUUGUGUGGCGACAUAAAACAGCUACUGUUGUCAUACUUGGGGCAGUUAGCUUCUGCGGUGUUGUGUGAUGGGCUGAGCCUGUUUAAACACCGCAUCGAGCGGCCGGAAAAGGGGACACAUUUUCUACAUCCUAAACAUGCCAGGCAACACACCUGACGGGUCGCACGUUUCGUGAGUCAGUGCAGUCGCGAACCUGCGAACCUGGAGGGGUAUUCUCCCGCCGUUACCACGCGGAGACGACGACAAAAUGCGAUAUGCCACAGCUCCUCCUCCACCACCAGCGCCGCCACCGCCGGCACUGCCAGGAAACCUGGCUCCUAAAACCCCUCCCAAACCGCACCCUCAGCCUGCUGCAAUACCUUUUAACGGGUACCCUCCCAUCCAAGAGACGUUUCCUUCACCAGAGACUCUACCUGAUGCUCAGGGUGAAGAAGCUCCUCCACUUUUCCAAGUGCAAAAUGGCUCCCUAUCUCAGUCGCCAGAAGGACAAGAAGACGUUCCCUCUGAGAGUGAAGAGAAAUGCCAUCCAGUGCAGGAAACUGACCCUGCACCACAGGCACUUAAUGGUCCACAGGUAACAGAGCAGCAGGAUGAACAAGCUACUCACAUGGACCCGGCUGGAGAGGGACAACUGGCCUGAGGCACUAACGUUAACUAAAAACUACUUUUACCAGCACCGGAAAAUGGCGCUCUGAACUUCACCUGAAACAUUGUAACUAGGUGUAAUUGAGAAAGCACAUUGUUUUAUGUUCUGGCUUUGUUUCUUUCGUACAAAUUUCAGCCAUAUAAUGUUAUAGUGCCUUUGAGAAACUUUGAACUGAAAUGAGCUGAAAGAUAGAUAUUUUAGUGACAUAAAAAUAAAAAUCUAAAGUAAGCUUAAUGUAAAUAACAUCCAAAUUCUAAAAUAUUAGGACUGAGUAAAAGCACUUCUAUUGUAUAUAGUUUCCACUAUUUAUUAUUUAAAGGGAAACUUUACACAAAAAGCCCUGUUUCAUCAUCAUUGUUAGUACUACUCAGUGAAAAACGGUCUGCGUUACAAACUCGGGGUGUGGAAUCUGAAAGACGUGGACAUUUGUCGGGCGGGGAUAUCGGCUGAAUUAAGGGAAUUGUGGUUUUGUCUUGGAGCUAUACCUACACUACUUGAAGUCAGGAUUUCUCGGCCACUGCCGUUUCAAAUUUAACCAUUCUGUUUUAAUCUGUCUCUCAUGAGUUCCCCAAUUCUAUGGAAUUAUAUGCAAUACUAAAUCGUGGAGUUACCCUGUUAUUUACAGUAUAUACUCUAAGGUUAUAGUACUUAAAUCCCAAGUAACAUCGCUUGGGAUUAUUGAUGUCGUUUUGUUGUUUAUUGUAUUGCACAUUUUGACCGAAUUUUUUUUUUUUUUUUGACUUUCCAAAAUGUUUCCAUAAAUUAAACUCC